UUCGUAAGAGUAUAAUAGAGGUUAACCACGUGAUUAGGAAAACAUCGAGCAACUUGGAUGAUUUCAGUGGACAUGUCAGUCAAUGAUCACUGAUCAUUGGGGAUUUUCUGUUGAACACGUUGUGUUCGAAAUUAAAAUGCAUGUUUCUGAAUUCAGUUUUUUACCCAACCUGUUUACAAAAGAAGGACAACAAUUCUUAUUGGCACUGUAAAGAAGUCGAAAUGAAUUGUAAAGUGCCGAUUCGUACUUAUGGGAGGAAGAAAUGUGAAGAAAGAAUAAUUCCAAUGCAAAAAAUACAUAUUUCCACUGCAACCAUUAAUAACAGUUCAAUAAAAAAAGAAUUAAGUAACAAUGAUUCUAUAUUUUAUGAUCCUUUUGAAACAACGUUUGACAGACUUGUUAAAAAUACGAAAACUCAAACACAGGCACUUAAAACGUACAAUGCUACAGCAAAACAUAGCAAUGCAGAUAGUAGUUCUAAUUCUAGUAGUAGUAUAUCUGAAGAACAAGUUCAUUAUAAAUGUUUCUUAUACAAUGAUAUAAAAUUACCUGAUGAUGACAUAAAACCUGUUUCAAAACAGAAAGUACAAUGUAACAAGUCUAAAAUGCAAACAAAGACAAAAAUAAUAUUAAGAACGAAUGUAUCAGAAUCUCAAAAGAAUAAAAAGUCUGAGCAGGUGAAAAAGAAUAAAUCAUACAAAAAAUAUAAAUUGCGUAAAGCAAGAAACAAUAAGAAAACAACAUCCAGUAACACGAACAUUGAUUCUAUAAAUUUAGAUUCUCACAUAGAUAUCUCUGAGAACAAGGAUUGUCGUAAUAAGUAUAACAAAGGCCCAAAUAAAAAAGCUAAUAACAAAUAUGCCUUUAGAAAAAAUAAUAAAAAUAGCAAUAUAUUAAACUCAAGUUCCAACAAAAGUUUAAAAAUAGUGCCAUGUUCUGUAACUUUGGAUAAGUUGAAUAUAUUAGAACAGAAGAAUAAUAAUGAUGAAAAUAAUUUUACAAAAGGGAUGCACAAAAAUAUAUUAAAAACUGAUAAAUCAUUAAAACAUACUGAAAUUACUAAAACAAACAUUGACAAUACAGAACAUGAUAAUAAAAAUGUAAAACACUGUUUUGUAAAAAUGGAACAAUUAGAAAUAUCCUCAGAUACGAAGCGAUGGUCUUCCAAUAAAACAUGUGGAAAUGUUAUUAGCAGUACACCUAUUGGUAGACCAGUAAAAAUAUUGUCUCAUGUAAUUGCUGUAUCACCAAUUCCUAUCACAUAUUCUGAAAAAUUAAAUGAGUCUGUAACAAACAUAGAUAGUAUCCCAACUAGUGUAAAUAGUAAAAAUAAUUUAGUUUCUCUAGAAUUUCAACAAAUAAAUGAAGAUUCGUGUGGGAUCAAAUCAGGUACAUCAGAAAAAAGUCUAAUUAAAGAAAAGAUUGAAUUAUUGCCCACUUGUGUGACAAAUACAUCCAAAUUUAGAAACUAUAAUUUAGAUCAAUCAGAGAAAAUAAAAAUGGAGAAUACUAAUUCAUUAGCUAUACUUAAUUGUACUAGUAAUAAUACUCCUAAGCAUGGAGAACACUUAACACAAGUAACAUGUGAAAAAUUACCGGACUCUGUGAAAAAUAUUUUAACAACUGAAAUAAUAAAAAGUAUUACAUUAGAUGUCUCUCCUGAAUUAAUACAGGAACAUCGAAUGUUAGAUGUGGUAAAGAAAAACCACCUAAAUUUUUCUAUUGAUGUAAACAGAUCACUGUCCUUAUUUAGUGAUACUAGUGGAAGUACUCAGACAUCAUUAUGUAAACCAGCAAUUAAUAUAACAAAAGUAACUGCCAGUGACGUAAUAUUAGAUGAUAUAAAUAAAGAAUUAAGCAAUAAAAUGUAUUCCGAUUCCAUUAAAUUAAAUAAAAAUUCACUUUUAAAUGUAGAAGAUAGCAAAGUAGAAACUAAGUUUGAUGACGUGAAAGAAGAUUUGUACGAAAUGUUUAUUCCUGCUAAAUUGAUGAUUUCUAAUGCAUCAUCCGGUGAUGUGGAAUUUCGGCUCGAAACUGAAGGAACAGACCUUGAAAACAAAAAUACGUGCCCAAUGAAAGAAACUGAAAGUCUACUUGACAAAAAUCAUACAUUAAGUUCAAACAAAUCCCAUAUAAAUAAUGAUGACAGUCGUUGCAAUGCAAUGGAACCUUAUGUAGUUUUAAACCGGUUAGAAGAUCCUAUCAGAAUUACGAAAAAAAGAAAGCGAUACCGUAAAUGGGAGCUAGAUAUGGAUGAUAUUUCAGAAGAUGGCAAUAAUAGUAUGCAGCUUAAGGAAAAUCAGAUAUCUCUGAAAAGAACAAGUGAAAUUAAAAAAUCUAAGUUAUCUAAGAGAACGUUGGAGUCUACAGAAAAUAUAGAAACAUACAUUCAUACUAUACCAGUAAAAAUACAAAAACCCAUAUAUUUAAAGCCAGGCAAAUCAUGGGCAAGGUCUUUAUCAAUUCUGAAUAAUAUACAAAAUGAAUCAAAUUUGGAUAGAUUAUCUGUAGGUAAAGGUAAAAAAUGGAAAGAUAUCGUUCUGGACGUCUUAAAUAUGCAAAACCAAGGUGCUAUACACAGUUGUAUGAGAAAAACUAGAAGUGUCAAAGAAUUACAAGUGAUUAAUGAAACGAUUAAUACAGAUGAACAUGAGUUGAGUAAUAACAAAGGUAGAACCAGUGAUUCUACUAGCCUUGGACGUCUUUCAAGAAGAAUAUCUGUUCGUGUUGUUCCAAUUAAUAAAACUAUAAAACUCAUAGAAGAUGCUCCAUUUCUUGAAGUUUAUGGUAUUGUUCCUAUAAACAGUCAAAGGAUUACAUUAAGUAAUCCACGAAAAUCUUCUGUAUGCAACAUUCAGAAUGAUGAUGUUGAUGGUGAAAUUGGUGAAGAACAUACAAUUUCAACAGCAAAAGAAGUUAUCUUGACAAAAUGCUCACAAAAAGAUUAUAUAUCAUUUUCUACAUAUUUUUCCGAUUCCUACUUGGAAUAUUGUCGGAAAAUUGGGGAAGGCGUUUAUGGAGAAGUUUUUCUUCACGAAUACGAAGAUAAAAAAACUGUUAUAAAAAUUAUUCCCAUAGAAGGCGAUGUUCAUGUUAAUGGAGAACCACAAAAAAAAUUUCAUGAGAUAUUAUCUGAAAUUAUUAUUGCAAUGGAAUUACAUAAUCUAAGAUUUAAUACAAAAUAUAAUACUGAUGGAUUUGUAAAUGUAAAAAAUAUUAAAUGUCUCAAGGGAGAAUAUCCGAAAAAGCUUGUGAAACUUUGGAAUAUUUACGACGAAGAGAAACGUUCAGAGAAUGAUUGCCCAUCAAUGUUUAAUGAUGAUCAAUUGUAUAUAGUUCUAGAACUCGGCCAUGGUGGUCAAGAUUUGGAAGCAUUUGUAUUUCCUACAGCGGAAGAAGCUUAUAUUUUAUUCAUACAGGCUGCAUUAGCAUUGGCAGUUGCAGAGAAAGCUAUUGAAUUUGAACACAGAGACCUACAUUGGGGUAACGUAUUAAUAUCUCCAACGACUGAAUCUCAUAUACAUUAUAAAUUGGGAGAAAAAGAAGUUAAAUUAAUUAGUAAAGGUGUAAAGGUAUCUAUUAUAGAUUUUACGCUUUCAAGAAUAACCUAUCAGGAAUGUAGUAUAUUUAAUGAUCUUGCAUCAGACCCUAGCCUUUUUACAGCUCAGGGUGAAUAUCAAUUUGAAAUAUAUCGUUUGAUGAGAGAUAAGAUCAAAAAUAAUUGGCAAACAUUUGAGCCAUACACGAAUAUUUUAUGGUUACAUUAUACUUUAGAUAAAAUGAUUACAGCUGUUAGAUAUAGAAGAAGAAAUUUGAAAAUUCAUAAACAUGGUAUAACAAAACUUAAAGAAUUAAAAAAUACAAUUUUGACAUACAGUAGUGCCUUUGAUUUUGUAUUAAACUGUGAUCAAGUUGUCAGCUUGUUGUGCAAUGAUUCAGAGUCCGAUCUUGCAUCUGCUUUAAGAGAAGAAAUGGUUAUUGUAUAAAAAUACAAAUUUUGAAUACACACAGCUAAGUUUAUUUAUAUUUUUACUGGAAUAUAUAUUAUAAGCUUAAUUGCAAUAUUAUCUUAGUUGACAAUGUUUAUAGAAAAACAAAAUUAUUUAAUUUGUCCUCUAUUUCAGAGUAUUUAAAUUUGACCUUCGUUUGCAAAUUAUAUGUAUAGAUGAUUUUAUUUUUAAGAAAUGACGUUUUUUUUUUUGUAUUCCCGUGGAAAUAAAUUAAAUUGUAAUUUUACAAAC